AUGCCCUUGCUGACUUCACUCUGCGAGCUCUGGUCCUGCGUCCUCUACGUAUUCGGCUUUUUGGUUCUGCUAUGCGCCAUCGACAAUACUCGAAUCCAGCACACCAGAACCAUCUAUCUCUACGACCCCAACGGCGCCGAGUACAUUUCUUUCGAAGUAGCAACAUACGGGGUGCGGGAGAACGCCCCGAACGCGCCCGUGCCGACGUUGUUAGCCGCCGAUGGGGUAGCCCAGGAACCUGAUAUGCGAGCCGGGAGCAACAGUGCGAGAGGUGGGAGGGCUAUCAGGGCGGACAGUCAGAGGGAUACAGAUGGGUCUGAUCUAAGCAUGAGCUACGGUUCAACUGUUACCGAGUCGCCAUCUGCGGCGUCGACCUCCAUCUCGGGUGAGACGUUGGUGGGGUCCGACGCUGGAACGUCGAUGUCUGUCGGGACUUUAGUGGGGUCAGAGCCUGGAACGUCGAUGUCUGGUGACACGUUAGUGGGAUCUGUCGACUCUGACUGGGAUAUGUUGGAGUAG